AUGGGGCACUAUCUAGAGACCGGAAAAUGCAAUUUUGGACCUGCUUGCAAAUUUCAUCACCCUAAAGAUAUUCCUGGAAUCAUCAAACCUGUUCAAUUUAAUGCCCUAGGCUAUCCUCUUCGUCAGUAUGAGGUGGAUUGCAAAUUUUAUUUAAGCACUGGAUGGUGCAAGUACGGCAAAACCUGUAAAUUUAAUCAUCCUGAGCCAUCUAAUUCAAUGCAUUGGUGGCUUUCACGGACAACGCCUGGACAAACAUUAUUUCCUGGGGAACUGACUUCUUUCAAUGCGAGCCCUCAUUGGCAAGUUCCUUCAAGCUAUGUGCAAGUAGUUUAUCCUCAAGGAUUUGCUCAAGUUCCAAGCUGGAAUACAUUUCCUUAUUAUCUUAACCAGCAACAGUAUUAUGGGAAUGACCAAUUUGUUGGAAGUGGAGCAGCCAUGGAUCCUCCGGCUUCAUAUUCUUCUUUUCCUGUGAGGCCUGAUGAACCUGAUUGCCCAUUCUUUGCAAAAACAGGGAGCUGUAAAUUUGGUUCACGUUGCAGGUUUAAUCAUCCCAUAGGACAGAUAACUCUCACUUCAAACUGUGAGUUGAGCCCCAUGGGUCUUCCGUUACGCCCGGGUGAACCUAAGUGCAGUUUUUAUGGCCGUCAUGGUUACUGCAGAUAUGGCUCCACUUGCAAAUUUGAUCAUCCAAUAGCUGCACCCAAUGUUCCUGUUGUUCGACAACCAUUAGAGUCAUCAUCUGGGCCUGCCACCUUAACAUUGUCAGCUGAAAGCUCUUCUGUAGCCAGCCCUGGAAAAUUAAAAUGCCUCCCCUCAUCCAAACGACAGAAAAUGAAUUCUGACGAUGAGAAGGUAUAA